AUGAUUAGUAGUCGUAACAGCAACAGAGUAGUAGUCGGCGGUCUUCGCCGUCGUCGUAGUAGUAGAGUGGUAGCUGAUUACGUACGUAGUACUAGUAGUAGGAGCAGGAGUGCAGUACCAGUAGCUAAUCAGACAGGCCGGCGACAGCCGAGUGGACUCAGGCUUGGUGCAGCCAGCGAUGACAAGCUUAAUUACUUUUCAGAUGGUGGUUAUGGAUCACUCCAGCCUUCGUCCCUGGGGCCUCCCAGAAAAGGUGCUGGUCUGAGACUCGAGGCAGACUGGGACUGGGCUACGCGUGGCUUCCGCGGCUGGGCCAUCUUUCAGGCAGCUGCAGCGGUCGAGUUGCUCUUCUACCACAAGGUUGUAAACCCAACCGCAAUGCCGGUGAUCGUCACUGCCAUAGCUUGCGGAGUGCUGCGCAGCGCCUCGGCGCGGGACCGCCUCGGUGGGGGCACCUUCAGGCUGCUGAGUUUGGGCCUCCUUUUCGCGUGCAGCCUCCUCUUCCUGCGGGCUAUUUCAAGCGUCGGAGUUCUGCUGGCCGUGGCUUCCAAAGGGCCGGUCUCGCUUCGAGUGGAAGCCCUGCUGCUGGCACAGGUGCCGAUUCUCUUUGUCUCCUGCUUCGGUUGCAAAGCGGCCUACGGCACCCUGGCCAAAGAGGGGCUUCCUAAGUUCAAAAUGGCUCUCCGUGCCGAGAAGGGCCGCAAGUGGCUUCUGACACUGCUUGCUGUUGGGUACUUCGUGACCAGUCUCCACCAGGUCCUUUGGGGCAGCGCCUCCCUCUUUGGCGGUUUCCCGGCGCUGGGAGCGCUCCGUUGCUUUGUGGUGGCCGCCUGUGCUCACGUCUGCCAGACCGCUGCGGUUGCUGGACCAAAGAGGCUGAGCUCUGAGACAUACAGGACACUGAACCUGGCCCUGCUUCUUGAUGCCACCGCCCGUAUCGCCAUGCUGGUGGCCGCCGCCAACAAGCCGUCCGCCCUCCUGGCCAGCGUUCUGGUCUUCCCGGCUGUCGAUGCGUUCUGCGCCGUGGGAGGAAGAACAGAAGCCUCCUUCAAGUUCUGCAACACGUAA